AUGGUGGAAUACAAAACUCAUUCCGCCCCUCCCACGCCCCUUCACGACAAGGGGUUGACGAAGAAGAAACGCACUAGGUCGUUCAGUCUCCUCAAAGCUGCGCUCAACAUUUUCCACGAUAAACCCAGCGAGAAGGAGGAGAAUAAGAAACCGAAGAAGAAGAGCAACGAUUGGAAGAGGGUGGUGGAGUCAAUGCGGCCAUUAACACUGCAAGACAAAUCUCCCUCUCCCUCGCCCUCGGUUCCGAGGUCGCCGUCGUCUUCCUUCGAGAAUCUAACGUUGUAUGGGACGGUCCCUGUCUCUCCCUCGGUUUCCUCCGUCUCCUCCCGCAGCGGCAUGAGCCAGUACGCCUCCGCACCCAAUCUCCAGGCACUGGACACCGGAUCUGAUGAUCCCGACGAGGUUUUUGACGCCAUCGGAGGCGAUGAGAUGAUCGACGUCAAAGCUGAAGAAUUCAUUACUCAAUUCUACAAACAAAUGAAGCUUCAAGCAAUUCAAGAAUUUUGA